GUCAUCGUCGAGACGAGACGAUAUUAACUCGGUCGUAUCUGAGGGAGAAUGGAAAUGUACAGUACAAAUGUAGGGGAGUAGAGGGGAUAAACGAGAUCUCGAAUGAGAGUAGCGGUUGCAAAACGAACAGUGCAGCUCGAACGAACUUCAAGGAUGUGAGGCCUCGCGAGGUGACGUAAAUCGGAAAAACCCAACAGAAAUAAACACUUCGAAUGCACGAUGGAUAUGAAGGAAUAUGGAAAUACCUUUCUAACAUAACGUCGAGUACAUUCUCUUCUCAACAUAUAUUAAGUCAGUGACGAUGUUUACUGCGAUCUGCUUCUUUUCAAUCGCAAUUACGCUAAUUCACAAUGCCGCCGUUGCCGCUCGUCCGAAUUUCUUACUGAUCAUUGUCGAUGAUCUGAGGACUAGUCUGGGAUGUUACGGCGAUGACAAGGCGUACACACCAAACAUCGACGCUUUGGCUAAGGACAGCAUUGUUUUCACCGAGGCGUUCGCACAGCAAGCUUUGUGCGCGCCUAGCAGAAAUUCACUCUUGACGAGCAGGAGGCCGGAUACUCUUCAGUUAUACGAUUUUUACAGUUAUUGGCGCGACACAGUUGGUAAUUAUACCACUUUACCGGAGCAUUUAAAGAAUAAUGGUUACACUACAAUGUCUAUAGGAAAAGUAUUUCACCCAGGUAUAAGUUCUAACAGAUCGGACGAUAGUCCUUAUUCAUGGACUGAAAAGCCUUUCCAUCCUUACACAGAUCUAUAUAAAAAUGCUCCCGUCUGCAAAAUAAGCUCACAAUCAAAAGCGGCGCGAAAUAUUGUGUGCCCGGUACACGUCUCAACUAUGCCAAACAGAACGCUACCCGACAUAGAGACGUUACAGGAAGCGAGAAAAUUCAUACAUAAACACAGAAGAGAUUCCAAUCCCUUCUUCCUCGCCGUUGGUUUUCAGAAACCUCAUAUACCAUUGAAGUACCCUGACCGCUUUCUAAAAUAUCAUCCAAUUCAUAAGUUUAAAAUGCCUGAGCCGUACCUAUGGCCGAAUAGUGUAAACAACGUCGCCUACAAUCCCUGGACCGAUCUUCGAUGGAGACAAGACGUAGCAAAGUUAAGACUGAAGUUCCCAUGGCAAAAAAUUCCAGGUACAUAUUUAUCUAUAUAUUUAUUUCAUUCGAUUUUGCGUGUAUCUACAUUGUUACGUUUUCUUUUCUUUCCUUUUGAAUCGUCAUUUUCAGAGGAGUUCGGCAAGCUGAUUAUCCAAUCAUAUUAUGCUGCCGUAUCUUACAUCGACAAUAUGAUUGGUAAACUUAUGUAUCAAUUGCACGUCUCGAUGGUUCGAGAUAAUACUAUCGUAAUAUUAACAUCUGAUCAUGGUUGGGCACUUGGAGAACACGCUGUUUGGUCGAAGUACAGCAAUUUUGACGUAUCUGUACAUGUACCUUUGUUAAUAUCGAUUCCAACGUUCACAUUUGAUUCUGAUAAUUAUCACGUUAGAACUAUCGAUCGUACGAAAUGUACCGCAAAGAUUACAAACAGCAAUAUCACCACUGAAUUUUCAAAAUACAUAUUCAAUAGUACAAAAAUAAAUGAAACAGAAACACGCGAAAAUAUGAAAUAUAUGAACAAAUAUAAAAGAAACGUCUCAAGGAUGUAUAAUCGGCAAAGAUACAACAAAUUUAUGAAAAGCAAUGCAUCACAUCGUAAAAUGCAGAGGAAAUAUAAAGUAACGAAUGCAAUUGUGGAACUUGUUGACAUAUUUCCAACGAUCGCAGAUUUAGCAGGUGUGCCUGUACCAAUAUGUCAAAUUAAUAAUAGAGACCAUAAGUUAAGCAAUCUCACUUAUCAGAAGGAACCCGAUCUUUGUAGCGAAGGUAUCACACUUCUACCACUCAUAGAGAGUAUCUCAAAAUACCAGAAGGUAUCCUGGAAAAAGGCAGCAUUUAGUCAGUAUCCGAGACCAGGACUUCAACCUACGCUCCAUCCCAACAGCGAUAAGCCACAUUUGAAAGAAAUAACUAUAAUGGGUUACACUGUGAAAACCAAUAAUUACCGUUACAUUGCGUGGAUACCAUUUGCGUACGAAACGUGCAAGCCGGAUUGGGAUGUUAUUAUCGCGGAGGAAUUAUAUGAUCACAAGACAGAUAGAGCAGAAGAUUUCAAUAUAGCGGCCGUGCCAAAUAUGCUAAGUAUAAAAGAAUAUCUAAAGUCGUUGUUAAAAAAUGGGUGGAGAAGCACUCUUCCAACAUACUAAACUUUGAUGCUUUAAUGCCAUGUAAGUAAUUAUCAUCAAUGUGUUUAACAUGUAUCUAUCUUAAAUAUUAAUGAAACUUCUUGCUUGUUUAUGUAGCACAUAUGUAGCUAAACUUAAACUUAUAAAUUAGAAAAUUAAACAACAAUUAUUUAGAUGUCGCUAAAUUUAUAAAAUAAAAUACAUGAUCUAACGAAA